GAACGUUAUCUCUAAACCCCUCGCUUCCAAUCCACCACGUCUCUCCGGCGUGCCCGCUCCAAUGGCCUCCCCGAACGCCGACCUGCCUCGGCAGCACCACCCCUCGACGCCACCUCUCCUCCUCGCCAUGCGCCACCUCCCCUUCCCCGGCGCCCACCGGCCGCGCGCGCUUCCCGUCCCCGACCUCGCACCCCUCGCCCGCCGCCUCGAAGAGCUCGCUGCCGCCGCCGCCGCGCACCCGCUCCUGAAGCCGCUCUUCGCCUUCCACUCCCACCUCUCCGCCUUCUCCCAGAGCAGGAGGCGCGCGAUGGCGACGAUGCGCAGGCCGGCAGAUUGCCCGCUGUCCGGGGAGCACUGCUUCGCGGCGGUGCUGGGUGGCUCCGUGGCCGGGGUGGUGGUGUCCAAUGGCAUCAACAACUUCCUCAGCUUGUACAACACCGUGCUCGUCGUCAGGCUCGUGCUCACAUGGUUCCCCAACACGCCGCCCGCCAUCGUCGCGCCACUCAGCACGAUAUGUGAUCCGUACCUGAACAUUUUCCGAGGAAUCAUCCCGCCGCUCGGGGGAACGCUCGACCUGUCGCCGAUCCUCGCGUUCCUCGUCCUCAACGCCCUGUCCAGCACCGCCGCCGCGCUCCCGGCCGAGCUCCCGGACCCAGCGGCGCCGACGUCUCGCCGCGGCGCCUCGUCGGCGGGCUCCGCCGUGCUCACCGCGAGCCGGAGGAAAUGGGCACGGAGAAUCCGCCCGGUAGAGUCGCAGAAAGAAGAGGACGAAAUGUGAUACUUGCCACCGGUUUGCAUCCGAUGGAAUAGUACCUGCAAUCAGUCACUGGCACGGGUGGGGCAUCGACGCAGAGUGGCGGCCGUCAGAUCGCGAACAGAUAA